UUUGUCAGUGUUUCAACACCGAGUUGCAGAUUUGCGUUUUACGUCUUUUAGGUUUAUUACAAAGGCAGGCAGGCUCUAAACUCUGCAGAUUUCUUAUUCAUGAAUUCGUCAUAUUCUGUCUCCAAAGGGACCACCAUAAUUUACAUUAGUCGGAUUCUCUAAAAAUAUAAUUACAUCUGUAUUAAAUCAUCUAAAAUUUACUAUUUUUAGAGUAUUUGACACAUAUUUAUCAAUAUUUUUAAAAAGUGGAAGCAAGAUCACACACCUAUCAAUAUUUUUCUUUUACUGAAGAAAGAUGAUUUCUUUUGUGACACCUCAUGAACUACAUGCUGAUAAUACAUAGUUUUCCAUAUAAAGUUGACUAGUGUAAGCUACAACAUGGCUGUCUCACAUAUUCCCUUUACAUUAGGUAUAUUAACUCAUUUGCAGAUUGGUAAUCUUGGAGGUGACAGACACAAACAAAAUGGACCAGGAUUUUUGGGGCAUUCCAAUGUUUAUUGAAGUUUCAGCUGAAAGGGUAUUUUUGAAGAUGUAUUUGGUGGAGAGUAAAGCGGGGGCAAUAGCUUGUAUGCUAUUUUCUCUGUUAUUCUUGGGGACAUGGCCUGCUCUGCUUACUUUACUUGAAAGACGAGGUCGUCUUCCUCAACAUACUUAUCUUGAUUAUACCAUCACCAAUCUUUUGUCUGCUACUCUCAUUGCAUUUACUGUUGGUGAGAUUGGAAGGAGUACAAUGGAACAGCCAAAUUUUUUCACUCAGCUUUCUCAGGUGCAGGACAAUUGGCCUAGUGUCUUGUUUGCGAUUGCUGGAGGACUGGUCCUCACUCUUGGAAACAUUUCAACUCAAUAUGCAUGGGCUUUUGUUGGUUUGUCAGUCACCGAGGUCAUCACUGCAAGCAUCACGGUUGUUAUAGGAACAACAUUGAAUUAUUACCUUGAUAACAAAAUUAAUAAAGCCGAGAUCCUUUUUCCUGGCGUUGGAUGCUUCUUGAUUGCUGUUUGUCUUGGCUCUGCUGUUCAUGCAUACAACUCAGCUGAUAACAAAGAAAAACUUGAUUAUUUAUCAAAUGACUAUAAGAAUGGGGUUGGGACAAAAGGUGUUACUGACUCUAAACAAACAAAUACAAACACAGUCGAUAUGAGUGACUUGGAGAAUGGAGAGGAGAAGGCAAAGGCUGGAACUGCGCUGUUCCUUAUAGAAGUUGAGAACAAAAGGGCAAUGAAGGUUUUUGGGAUGAGCACUUACAUUGGUCUGGUCAUUACCUUCUUUGCUGGAGCUUGCCUUUCUCUGUUUUCGCCUGCAUUCAACCUGGCAACAAAUGAUCAGUGGCAUGCUCUAAAAGAUGGAGUUCCUCACUUGAGUGUCUAUACGGCAUUUUUCUACUUCUCAGUUUCCAGCUCUUUGCUGGCAACGAUUCUGAACUUCACCUUCUUGUAUCGCCCUGUACUAAAUGCACCCAAAUCAUCGGUGAUGUGUUAUGUGAACGAUUGGGAUGGUAGAGGUUGGGCUCUUUUGGCUGGACUUUUGAGUGGCUUUGGAAAUGGUCUCCAAUUCAUGGGAGGUCAAGCAGCUGGAUAUGCAGCUGCAGAUGCUGUUCAGGCACUGCCUCUUGUGAGUACAUUUUGGGGGGUAAUAUUGUUUGGAGAGUACCGAAGAUCAUCAGGAAGAACAUAUACGCUUCUUGCAGGAAUGUUGAUCAUGUUCAUAGCAGCUGUUGCAAUCCUCAUGGCAUCUGCAGGGGAGCGCAAAUGUAAUUAAUACAUGUAUUAAUGUUUCUGUACAUAUCAAUCAACAUCCAUGCAUAUAUACACCUUAGCUUAUUGCAGUUUCUGUUUAUCACUGAAGAAAACCACCCAAGUGAACUCUUGGAAAAAGGGAAAGGAAACCCUUUAAUUUGUAGGUAGCUGGCUGUUGCAAGCAUUCAGCAACCUUCUAUUUCUUUUAUGUUUUGUAUAUGAUCUGUUUUUUAUUUGCUAGUUA